AUGUACAAUAACAUUUCUGCAAAAGUAACAACGAAAAACACCGAUGAAAGCACCUUUACUACCGAUAUGGAUGAUGAACAUGUUCAUUUAAUUACUCAUGAUGAAAGACAAUAUGUAUCUCCUAAACCUGCAAAUUUGCAAGUACCUGCAAUGCCCCACCACCUCCGACUUGUGCGAGAUGCACGAAUCAUGAAAGACCUCAAUACCACAAUAAGUACAAUGGAAGGAAAUUCAAUAGGAAGUAAUAUCAAUUCGAUUUCAUAUGCACAUACAAAUCAUCCAACAAAGAGGAACCAAACGAUACAUGAAACAAUAAUACCAGGCAUCAUGGUGGAUCGAGAACUAACUCCAACAAUGAAAAACAAUGUGGUUUUCCUUACUGAUGAUUCUCCUUCAAAACCAAUGCAGAUUCGUCUCAAUAUGAACCAGCAUUAUUUGUUGUACAAUGAUUAUGUGGAAGGUGCAUUGCAGAGUGGGAAGAGACGAAACUCUGACUUUGUUCCACACUUAUUCCAAACACUGGGAGAUUGCCAUUUUGAACUGCCACCAACGCGACAAGAGACAGAACAUGCAUGUGCACACAGAGAAGAUGAAAAUUUUGCAACACCAUUUUCUUCAAACAAGACAUUAUUCCGAAGGCGAGGAGCCACUCUCCCACCGUCAUUUUCCUUAAAAACGCACCGUCGCCGUGCCCUUUUCAGCAAUAUUGCUCAAACCAUUUUUCAAAGGAUCAUCAUGCAUGACGACCUUUUUUUUGUUGUGACAGAAUUUCUUUGUUGGCGAGAUUUACUGGCCCUCACUCACACCUGCAGUCAAUUGUUCAAUUUAGGAGCAACUCUGCCCUUCGUUUGGAAAAACUGUUUAUACUCUUUCAAAGCGAACCUAGAAUCGAAGGAACAUCAACUUCACAAAGAGCUUAAAGAAAAGGCUGAGCUUGCAACAGUUACGUAUUGUCAUUUUGAAACAUUUCGAGAAGUGUAUGAGGCUUUGGCUGUGCCUGCAGAAAAUAAGAGUGUGAAAUGUUUCGAGCAAAUGCACGACAUUAUGAAUAUCGAAGGGAGACUUUUUUUCAAAAAGAUUUCCCUUGAAUCAAAAGCGCGAUGGGAAAUGGCUGAACGUUUGUUGUCACAAACUUCUCCCCGUAACACAAGCGGGUGUAAUUCUAACCUUUCUUCUAACUGCAAAGAUGAUCUAACUGAACUUUUACAACCCUGCACAUCUUCCUCUGUCUAUUCAUUCUCUUACGACCCUGAAUCAUGUCUUAACGAAGAAAUGAGUCCAUUCCUAUUCUCUCCACAGAUCUCUCUUGAAUGUUAUGAUGAGCUGUACAAAGAAAAAGUGCCACUCGAUUGGAAAGGACUCAUACGAUAUUUUUACAGUCCACAAUCCUUUUACGAUGCGUGCUUGGCAGAUUUCUCAAAGCUCAGAAAAAUUCUCGAAUUUUUUCAACUUUCAUUUAAGCCCUAUCCAGAAUUAUUGGUUCUUCAUACUUUUUAUUUAAAUUAUAAUGAGAAUGCAAAUCCAAAAGUUUUCACAUCAUCGACACGAGCAUUUGUAGGGUGGUCUUUUUUCUUUGGGAAAUUCUUGGAAAGUAAUUUACAUUUAAUCCACGAACGAAAUCAGAAUUUCAAGAAACGUGACGAAUUGGAGCGACAACUCCUUCCAUUUAUAUUGAAAAAGUUUUCGAGAGACUUUGUGUAA